AUGGAUUCCAGCUCCGAUUUCCUUGCCCAGUGUUUCUACAACAGUUUAUCCCCAGAUGCGAAGCCCCGCAAGGCCGCCGAGGACGGACUGAACGAAGCCGCCAACGCGCCCAAUUUCGCCCUCGCCGUCCUCCGCUUGGUCGGGACGCCGACCUACCACGAGGUCAUCCGUCGCGCCGCGGCCGUCAAUUUCAAGAACCACAUCCGGCAGCGUUGGGCGCCCGAUCGGGAUUCGGAAUUCAACCCGAUCCCGGCCGACGAGAAGAACCAGAUCAAAACCCUAAUCGUCACUCUCAUGGUUUCCUCUUCUCCCCGCGUCCAGUCCCAACUCAGCGAAGCUCUUUCCCUCAUCGGUAAGCACGAAUUCCCCAGAGCGUGGACCUCUUUGCUUCCUGAGCUCGUCGACAAUCUCCGCCAGCUUGCCUCGCAGGGAAACUACAACUAUGCUGCCAUCAAUGGUAUACUCGGCACGGCCAACUCAAUCUUCAAGAAGUUCCGGUAUGAGUACGCGGAUAAUGAUCUUUGCAUUGAUUUGAAGUACUGUCUCGACAUUUUUGCUGCUCCAUUGCUCGAAAUUUUCCUCAAGACUGCUGUUUUGAUAGACUCAGCGGCAGCAGCAGGUGCUUCCGCUGAGACUUUGAAACCCUUGUUCGAGUCGCAGAGGCUAUGUUGUAGGAUCUUUUACUCUUUGAAUUUCCAGGGAAUGCCGGAGUUCUUUGAGGAUCACAUCAAGGAAUGGAUGACAGAGUUUGGAAAGUAUUUGACAUCCACUGAUCCAGCUGUUCCCGAUGACCUUAGAGCUGCUGUGUGUGAGAAUAUUAUUCUUUAUAUGGAGAAGGGUGAAGAAGCCUUCUACCCCUACUUGAAUGGAUUUGCAGGUGCUGUUGGGAAUCUGCUGUUUAAUGUGUCUCGGGAUCAUACCUGUGAUAGGUUGGCUGUUACUGCCAUUAAGUUCUUAACUGCAGUGAGUACCAGUGUCCACCAUGAUUUUUUCGGAGACAACGAGGUGGUACGACGAAUUUGUGCGGAAAUUGUGAUCCCGAAUGCUCGUUUGAGGGAGGAUGACGAAGAAAUGUUUGGUAUGAAUUAUAUAGAAUAUGUCAGGAGAGAUAUGGAGGGGGACGAUCUCGACACAAGGAGGAGAAUCGCGUGUGAUUUGCUGAAAGGGAUUGCAACUAAACACAAGCAGCAGGUAACAGAUAUAGUUUCUGCUCUGAUACAAAAUUUGAUGAGUUCUUAUGAUGCUAAUCCAACUGAGAAUUGGAAGGACAAGCACUGUGCAAUGUAUUUAGUUGUGUCUCUAGCGAGCAAGAAAUUGAGGGGCAUAGAUGUUUUAACUAACGAAAUUGUUAACGUCGAGAACUUCUUUGGCCGAGUCAUAGUGCCUGAGUUACAGAGCCAGGAUGUUAAUGCAUAUCCAAUGCUCAAAGCUGGUGCUCUUAAAUUCUUCACAAUGUCUAGAACUCAGUUACCAAAGGAUACUGUGAUUAAUUUGCUGCCAGAUUUGGCUCGGUUCCUUGGCGCGAAGUCGAAUGUAGUUCACUCUUAUGCUGCCUGUUGUAUAGAGAAACUACUACAGGUCAAGGAUGGAGUGGGGGCAAGGUAUACUGCAGUGGAUUUGGGUAGUCUAUUCAUUAAAUUGCUGAUGAAUAACCUUUUUAAUGCACUGACACUCGAAGAAUCUGAGGAGAAUCAGUAUAUCAUGAAGUGUAUCAUGAGAGUGAUUGGUGUGGCAGAAAUAAGUAGAGACAUUGCUGAUCCUUGCUGCAUUGGGUUGACCUCAAUCCUGAAUCAAGUUUGUAAAAAUCCCAAAAAUCCCAUCUUCAACCACUAUCUCUUUGAGUCAGUGGCUGUUCUUGUGAGGCGAGCAUGUGACCGGGACGUGUCCCUCAUACCAGAUUUUGAAGCAAUGUUAUUCCCCUGCUUUGAAAUGAUCUUGGCCAAGAGUGUCGCUGAAUUCUUCCCCUAUGCGUUUCAACUCUUGGCCCAACUGGUUGAGUUGAACCAGCCUCCUAUUUCUCCUAGUUACAUGCCGGUCUUCAUGCUCCUUCUCGAACCUAAACUAUGGAAUGCAAAUUCAAAUGUUCCUGCCCUUGUGCGUCUACUUCAGGCUUUCCUUCUGAAAGCACCACAGGAGCUCAACCAAGAGGGGAGGCUGAGCCAGGUGCUUGGAAUUUUCGCACAGCUCGUUUCAUCCCCAAGCACUGAGGAACGGGGCUUCCAUCUUCUGAAUAGCGUUAUCGAGAAUCUCGAAUUUCCCAUCAUUGCCCCGUACAUGCGUCACAUCUGGGCUGUCCUAUUCACCCGCCUGAAGAAGAAGGAGACAGUAAGGUUUACCAAGUCCCUCGUGAUCUUCAUGUCGCUGUUUCUGAUCAAGCAUGGUCCUGCAAACCUCAUCGACACGAUGAAUUCAGUUAAAGAAGAAGCAGACAUAUUCAAGGAUAUUUUGAACAAGUUCUGGAUACCGAAACUCAAGCUGAUCACGGGACACAUUGAAGUCAAGUUAGUUGCUGUUGCAUCGUGCAGACUCAUCUGCGAAUCUCCUGUUCUCUUGGAUCCUGCAGCUCCUCGCCCUUGGGGCAAAAUGCUGGACGGAAUCGUCACCCUACUCUCAAAGCCAGAGGAGCACAGGGUUGAAGAGGAACCUGAAAUGCCAGAUGUUGCUGAAAACGUGGGCUACACUGCAACAUUUGUCAACCUUUACAAUGCUGGGAAGCAGGAGGAAGAUCCUCUGAAGUGCAUAAAGGAUCCCAAGCAAUUCUUAGCGGCUUCAUUGUCGAAGCUUUCGGCCGCAUCUCCUGGGAGGUUUCCACAGAUAAUCAAUCAGAACCUGGAUGCAGCAAAUCAAAGUGCAGUGAUGCAGCUCUGCAGAACUUACAACUGCCCAGUUGUUUGA